UUCAGUAAGAGCUAGGGCAGGAUGGAUGCGCUUGAGGAGAGUGUCUUGGCGAGCGUCUGGCGCCAGGGUGGAUUUGCGUUCUGCCAGCUGAUGAGGAAAUGCCGUAGCGAUCCUUCCAUGGCAGAGGAGGCGCACGAUCUGGCGUGGGAGCAGCUCCAUUUGGGGGAUUGGCACCAGGUCGAUUGUGCUUGGCGGGACGGGUAUGCGUUGGCUUGCGUGUACUGGGCGGAGGAGCUGCGCAGAAAGGGCGAUCACGCUGAGGCCACCAGAGUUUUGGAUAUGGGAUUGAUGAUGGGAGGCUUGGCUUUUCGCCCCCGGCUCAAUGCAGCGAUCUCUUCGCUUUCGCAAGCUUCGGAACCACCCUCUGCUGUUCGUGGAGACGAUCAGCUCACAGUCCAGGCUGAAAGCUUGCCGCCGGGAUCGCUGCAAGGACCACCAAUGCGAACUAUGGCAUUUCCAUCGAUCCAAAAGUUUCUGCAAGAGCUCUUUGCACCGGGUGUUCCUGCAAUCUUGACAGACACAAUGGCGCAUUGGCCUGCGAUGGAGAAAUGGAAAGACUUGAGCUACUUUCACAAGAUCGCUGGAAACCGGACAGUUCCAGUAGAGGUAGGCGAGACAUACUUGGCGGAAGGCUGGAAGCAAGAGCUCAUGACUAUGUCUCGCUUCCUAGAUCGAAUCCACGAUCCUGGAGACUCUACUUCAAGAGCAUAUCUCGCUCAGCAUCCGCUGUUCGAUCAGAUUCCCGAGCUACAGCGCGACAUAGUGACUCCAGAUUACUGUGCUUGUGGCGAUGGAGAGCUUCACUCGAUCAAUGCCUGGUUUGGUCCCAGCGGUACCGUCACACCUUUACACCACGACCCCCACCACAACUUGCUCGCCCAAGUCGUCGGUACCAAGUACGUGAGGCUUUACUCUCCAGAGCUCUCGGACUCUUUGCACCCCUUCAGCGAUCCAAUGCUGCAAAACUCUAGCCAGCUCGAUCUUGACAAACCAGACUAUGAGCGCUUUCCUCUGGCGGAGAAGCUAGCUUUUGUCGACUGUGUUCUUGGAGAAGGCCAGAUGCUUUACAUUCCACCGAAGUGGUGGCAUUACGUCAAGUCCCUCAGCCCAAGCUUCUCCGUAAGCUUUUGGUGGCGAUCUUCCUAAUGAAAGAAUGUGUGCUCGAUACGAAGUUUGAGCAUAGAAAGAGUGGUGGAUCAAGUUUUCGUGGGGAACAAGAAGAAGGUGGUGGCGCUUCUUCACUCCAAUAAGAUCUACAGUGUGGUGACUCUGAAAGAGUGAGGAUCUCCGUGGCUUGGCAGAGGUCUUCUCGCUCCAGCGGAUCUCAAGCGGAGGCAAGGGCGCGAUGGGAGGCAAGGGCGCGAUGAGAAGCUGAGGCUCGAGUUUUGGUCGAUAGAAAUUCCAAAAACGAAGCUUUGCUCUAUGAGGGGGUGCAGGGGUCGCCAAGCUUCUCUAUAAGCUUUUGGUGGAACUCUACCAGAAUAUGCGACAUUUACUGAUGGAAUGUUCUCGCCUUGUAA